AUGUCUGAAGCGAAGGGUGCGACGCCGUUCGUCUCGUGUUUCGGCAAGAAGAAGACUGCGACGGCGGUCGCUCAUGCCAAGGAGGGCAAGGGCCAGAUCCGCCUGAACGGCCAGCCCAUCUCUCUCAUUCAGCCUGAGGCCCUGCGCUGGAAGGUGUACGAGCCUGUCCUGGUUGUUGGUGAGGACAAAUUCUCCAGCACCGUUGACAUUCGCAUCCGUGUCUCGGGUGGUGGUCACACUUCGCAGGUUUACGCCAUCCGUCAGGCCAUUGCCAAGGCCCUUGUUGCCUACUACGCCAAGUACUACGACGCUGCCUCGGCUCUUGAGCUCAAGCAGCUCUUCGUGUCGUAUGACCGUACGCUCCUGAUCGCCGACCCUCGCCGCUGCGAGCCCAAGAAGUUCGGUGGUCGUGGUGCCCGCGCGCGCCGCCAGAAGUCGUACCGUUAA